GAUCAAUCAGUCGAUCACGGAUCGAUCAGGAUGUCGUUCCAGAACAAGAAGAACAGCGCGAGACCCGCGGGCGACCGCCUGAUCAUCAAAGGAGGGAAAAUCGUCAAUGACGACCAGUCGUUCUACGCCGACGUCUACGUGGAGGACGGGACCAUCAAGCAGAUCGGGGAGAACCUGAUCGUCCCGGGCAGCGUGAGGACAGUGGACGCGUAUGGUCAGCUGGUCAUCCCCGGAGGCGUGGACGCCAACACCAGCCUGCAUGCCGCACAGAGAGGCUUGACCGCCGACGGCUUCUACCAGGGGACGCUCGCCGCCGUGGCCGGAGGGACCACCACCAUCAUGGACCACGUGCUGGUAGAGCCGGGGACCAGUUUACUGACGGCGUUCCAGCAGUGGAAGGAGGCGGCGGAGCAGCGAGCGUGCUGCGACUUUUCCCUGCACUUCGACAUCACGCGCUGGCACGACGGGCUGUACGAGGAGCUGGAGACGCUCGUCAAGGACCAAGGUGUGAACUCCUUCCUGUUCUUCAUGACCUACAAAGACAGAUACCAGAGCUCCGACUGCCAGCUCUACGAGGCGUUCAGCGUCUUGCGGGAUCUGGGCGCUAUCGCUCUCAUCCAUGCUGAGAAUGGUGACAUCAUCGAUGAGGAGCAGAAGAAGCUUCUCUCUCUGGGAGUCACCGGACCUGAAGGACACGUUUUGUCUCACCCUGAGGAGGUGGAGACAGAGGCGGUGUAUCGGGCCGUUACCAUCGCCAAACAAGCCAAUUGUCCGCUGUACGUUACCAAGGUGAUGAGUAAAUCCGCUGCUGAUGUCAUCGCCAAAGCCAGGAAGAAAGGUAUGGUGGUGUACGGGGAGCCAAUCACAGCUAGCCUGGCCACAGACGGCUCUCACUAUUGGUCCAGAGACUGGGCCACAGCUGCCGCCUUCGUCAUGAGCCCGCCCCUCAGCCCCGACCCCUCCACCCCUGCCUACCUGACUUCGCUGCUCGCAUGUGGGGACCUGCAGGUGACGUCCAGCGCUCAGUGCAGCUUCUCAACGGCUCAGAAGGCAGUCGGUAAAGAUGACUUCACUCUAAUCCCUGAGGGGACCAACGGCAUCGAGGAGAGGAUGUCUGUGGUUUGGGACAGAGCCGUGUCGACGGGGAAGAUGGACGAGAACGAGUUUGUGGCCGUAACGAGCACCAACGCUGCGAAGCUCUUCAACAUUUACCCUAGAAAAGGGAGGAUCGCUGUGGGAUCAGACGCUGACAUCGUCGUCUGGAACCCGAAAGAGACACGAACUGUUUCUGCAAAAACUCACAACCUGACGGUGGAGGUGAACAUCCUGGAGGGGUUGGAGUUUCGUGGCGUGGCAUCGGUGGUGAUCAGCGGCGGUCGAGUCGUUCUUGAAGGUGGGACACUGGACGUGGCCGAAGGUUCCGGACGCUUCAUCCCCAGGAAGUCGUUUCCAGACGCUGUCUACAAGAGGAUCCGAGCCCGCAGCAAGAUGGCCGAGGCUCGCGGCGUUCCCGUGGAAAUUACGAUGGUCCGGUCCAUGAUGUCAUCAGUAUGACUAAAUCGGUCCCGC